AUUAAAUGGAAGCCACAUACACCAAACGUCAAUCAAAAAUAGCCCUCUCCCUCUAUCCACCCACACACAAGCCACAUAUGAAUUGAAGAUCAAAAGGUCACAGUUUCAUUGCCACACAGUGUGAAGUUAAGAGCAACUUCUAUCUAAUCUUCUUCCACCCCAAAAAAUGCAAGUAUCUGUAGGAGGAGGCCAGUAUCCUCUUUGCAGAGCUAAAAUUCCAAACCCUCAGAGCUGUUCUUCCUCUCUCUUCUUCUACUCAAAAUCUUGCACUCAUUGUUACCUCCUGCCCUCUCUAGUAUCGAAAAAUAUACCCAUAGGUAAACUACAAUAUUGCAGUGUGUAUGAAACCGGACCGAUAAAUAUUCAGAGGAACGUUGGUGCCAUUUAUGCUUCUGAGGCUGGGGCUGAGACCAGUACUACUGCUGCAGAAACAAAUGAUGCAGAAAGAUGGCUUCUUGAACCUGCAGGUGAUGGUGACUCAAGACACAUAGGUUUUAAGGUCUCAAUGCCGGGUGCAUUUGAAAUAGCUUCAAGUGCAGUGACCGUUGGGCGCCUACCAGAGAAAGCAGAUGUCGUAAUUCCUGUCGGAACAGUAUCAGGUGUGCAUGCGCGCAUUGAGAAGAAGGAUGGGGUUCUGUUGGUAACCGAUUUGGACAGCACAAAUGGUACAUUUAUCGGCGAAAAACGGCUCAAACCUGGUGUUGCUGCUCCAAUGUCCUCCGGAAGUUAUAUUACAUUUGGGGAUACCAAUCUAGCGAUUUUCCGUGUUUCAAAGCUUGAGAAUGCUGAAGUUCCCGGAAAAUCAGAAGAAUCCGAAGCUAAAACAGAGGACAGUUCAGUGACCACAGGCUAAAAUCAUAGGGUAUGUAUCAUGCCUAAGAGUGCUGGGAUGUUAGCGUAUUAAAUUGAGGAGGAGGUUGAAAUGAUUAAUUUUUAUUAGAGAGUGUAAGGAAAAAUGGGGACUCGAGAAUUUUUUCCGAGUUCAAAUAGAAUCACCCUUUUCGUUUUGUGGGUCUUGCUGUCGGGGACACGCUCGUCUUGUAAUGAAAAUCUAUUUUGGGUGGAUUAGUAGAGAAAAAAACUUGUGUA